AUGAGCGAUUUGUCCUCUGUGGAAGGGGAUGAGGUGAUAAUGUUGGGCGCCGAAACACCCGCCGAUGUGACCGCUUUCAAAGAAAUAAGUGCUGAGAACCGCAACUUUGAAUACUACGAGCGGCAGUUUCAAGAGGUGUUGAUGAGCCUUGAGAACGAUGAAGUGCUGGAGGCCUUUCGCGUGGAAUACGCCGCGCUCCAUCAUUCCUUUUUGAAGAGCCACGAUGGUGAGACGCGGCUACUGAAGAAGUGUGCAAGGCUGCAGUCUGACAUCGAGUCCUGCACAAUGAAGGUGCAGGCGGCGGAGGAGCUGACGCGUGGUGACAAGUCCACCAUUGAGCUCCUCAAGGCGGAAAUUGAGAAAACCAGGAAAAAGUCCGUCGCAACAAAGGAGCGGGAGGCGGUGCUGAAGGACAAGGUGAAUGAUCUCAAGCGGGAUCUGCAGGACAUUGAGGAGCGCGCAAGUCGUCCUGUGGAGUUAACGGCACAAGAAGCGGCGCUGCAAAGCCUCAUCCGUGCUCAUGAGACGGUGCUAAAGGAGAAGGAGGCGAUGGAAUAUCAACUUGCCGAGCUGCGGCAGGAGUGUGCCGGCAACGCGCGACGGCUGGAGCGGCUUUUGGAGGUGAAACGCAGCCGUGACGAUGAGGUUCGCGUCGUGGUAAAAGCGAUAGAGGCAAAGUUACAUGAUGCGGAGGCGCAUAAAUCGGUGCGACUGCGUAAGGAGGAGGAGUUGCGGCUGACGCGUGAGGAGAUUGCCCGCCGUGCCGCCGCGGCGCAGGAACGACAGGCGGUGAUUGAACAGCUCACCGACGAAAAUGCCCGUCAUGAUGUGGAGAUCAAACUGACACUGGAAGAGACAGCGCGGGUUACAGAGUCCUACCAGCAACUUUCACGGCAGCUACAGAACGUGAACCGCACGAGUCAAGCCUGCAAUGAGGAGAACGACGCGCUACAACGGCGUAUGAAUGAACUUAUGGAGGAGCUGAAGAUAAAGGAGUCGGCGGUGGAGUCCGUUAGUCGUGCCCAUCGUCGGGAGAAGAAGUUAUUAGAGGCCUCCACACGCCGCCAUGCUGUGAUGGAGGGCCGACGCGCGGAGGCGGAGGCGACACUUUCGGGCUUGCAAUCGGAGUUGGGCCUGCUUGAAGAAGAAGUCGCCGCCGCCUUGCGCGCCGUUGACAUGGAGGAGAGGCGAAUCGCCACACAGGUGCGGGAGCUGGACGUAUUACAUGGUAAUGUCCUUACUGCUGCUGAGAAGACGCAACAGCAGAGUAUCUGGCUUUCGGAGCAGCGCACGGAGGCCCACCACUUGGAGCAUGAACUGCGCUCAUACGAGGAACAGGCCCAGCGACAGAAUGAGGUCAUCUACAAGCUUACACGGGAGUGCACAGAGUAUGAGGAGCAAAUUAAGGUUGCCACCAUCCAGUGCGCCCGCAUUAUGGCAGAGGCGCAGGAGCGUGAGGUGCAGUUGGCUGUUGCGCUGGAUGAAGUGAAGGAUGUGGAGUCUAGACUUCAUCAGCAGCAGACUUUGCUAGAGACCAUACUCAACGAGCGUAAGGCGUAUGCCAAGCACUAUGGGCAGGUUCGCGGGGAGCUGGCGGAGAUGGUGCGUGGCUUCAAAGUGAUGCUGGCGCAGAUUAAACAAAUGCAGGAGGAGGUGCAGCGACGCGAGAGGCGGUUGGCCGCCGAGGAUGGCGUCAUUAAAACUCUCACCCGGCAACGGCGAGAGCUGGAAGUUCAGAUCGCUGCGCUACACACACGCUUGGAUAAGCGGAGCCGAUCGGUGCAACAGUACGCGCUUGAGGUUCGACGCCUCGGCGAUGUUUUUGCGGAGGGUGAAGAGGAAUUGGGGCGUCAACGCCGCCGCCUCUGCGAUGUACAAAAGGAGCGGGAUUUUUUUGACAACGAAGUCUACUUCUCAAGCGAGGAGUUGGCGCGACUGUAUGAAAAAGCGCGUGUCCAACAGUCCCUUCUACAGCGUGGUGAGUCCAUGUACAUGGAGCGGCUGCGGACCAUCAACGAGCUGCACGACGGCAUCGCACGGCUGACGGAGGAGGUAAGGCAAUUACGACUUUUUGCCGAACGGCUGCCGGACCUGCGGCGACUUGUGAAUGUCGCGUCCCGCGAACUCGUGCGUGAGCAGAAUCGCGUGCGUGCACUUUUGCACGAGUGUGAGCGGCCGAUGAAUCUCCAUCCGAACCACCAGCUCUCGUCGUCAGAUCCGGAGGCGUAUGCGCUGACAGAAAAGGUCAACGCGCUGCAACGUGAACUCGUCUCGCGGCGCCAGGAGCUGGCGGAGAAGGAGCAGCGCAUUAAGCAGCAGGAGGAGUCUUACCUGCAGUGCAAGGCGGCCGUGGCACGACAGCUUGGGCCGGAAAUGGCGGAGCAGAUCACGUUGUAUCAGGGCAACCUGGCAAAGAAGGCGGGGCAGAUGCGGGCGAUGAUGGCAAGCCUGAAGUACUUCCGCGAGCAGACGGAGCUUUACCAGGCGCGGUACAGUGAACUACGCGACACGCUUGAUGGACUCGCGCAGAAGUACGCCGAGACACGGCAAAUUCGUGACCGUGACGCACAGCGCGAGGCCAGAAAGAGGCAGGGCGAUGGUAAAGGCGAUUCAUCGCGGCAAAAUGACCAGCCUGGGGUCUAUUUGGGCUUCUUUGCCCCGCCACGAGGUGGUGGCCCCGCCACUAGCGUCUCGGAUGGUGGCAGCGUCAGCGGAGAACGGAACGACAGUCAAAAAGAAGACGAGGGUGAUGAUAUUGGCGGUGAUGAUUUGAAGAUGUAUGAAGGAAAUGAAUGGGAGGAACCCUCAUUGUGA